AACGCUGCCUGCGAAAAGAUUAAAGGAUCCUUUGUUCCGCUCCGCAAGGGUUACUUAGAGCGUAAAAGGUCCAUUCAAGACGUUUUGGAUCGCUGGAGUGCUCAUUCUUCAGUCGGGUAUGCUUUGGUAGUGGGCUUCAAUGCUGCAGUGAUGUUGCUGAUGACCACGUUUGCAAUUGAAUUCGCCUACCACUUUCGACCUUACUACUGGAGAAUAAUGAUGAUGAUUUACUCUCUGGCGCAGCUUGGUCUGUGGCUAGUUUUCAGGCAAGGGAUGAUCUUAAUGCACAAUCUAAUUUUCCUUUGUUUUUGGCUGAUUUCCGGUUUUUUCGCUGGAGUGCGCUUGACAUGUCUCUUUCUCGUGUUUGUUGCCUCAAAGGCAAGUUCAGCGGUUACUUUCGUCUCUUGGUUGUUCGUCAGGAGUGCUUCCUCCGUACUGAAUGGAUUUCGUGUUGCCACAUCAGAUUCACUCCCUGCCUCUGCACUCAUCAGGAGCAACUCGCAGUCUCCCGUAUGUGGCGUUAUUGCACUCAUUGUUGCAGCUGCGCCCUUUUUUCUGGUUAUUCUGGCUUGGCGUCGUCGUAAACAGGGUAAGCUGGGAUUUAGCUCCAAAAACUUAACAGCGGGUUUGUAUGUAAUGCAUGCAGCUAUCAAUGUUAUGCCCAAGCAAAGGGGCCCGGGGACUACGGGAUAGGGUGGGGACCGUUGAUCAGUCAAAAACAAAUAUUUGGGGUCAAACUUCCCAACCCUUGGGAUAAGAUUUCAAUUCAAACUUCCCCAUCUCAGGGUAAGGUUUUGAGUUCAAAGUUACCCACCAGAGCGGGAAUUUCAAUCCGAAUGAGGUAAAGAAUAUGUGCUUGCAUCAUAACCGGGAUCAUAGCUGGCGCUGCUCCGGUCCACGGUAGUGGCGAGCUCUCCUCUCUUUAAAUAAAUUUACUAUGCUCAUAAAACCUCCAAAACAAGCUUCAAUUUGAUUUUGUUUUCUUUAAUAACUUGAACUCAGGUGAUGAAUUCACAAACCUGAAAAUAUUACCACUCUGACAUGUACAAGCGUUCCAGAUUUUCAAAGAAUCGAGACUGAUUUCAUUUCAAUUUCGACAGUGUCAAAGUUGAUCUUGGUUCUUGUCUUGAAGUUAUUAUUGUUCCUCUUGCUGUAGAUUGAUGUGAAAGUGUUUGUUUACAAUCACAUCAAUAAAGAGGAACGAUGGUUGCUAAAGGAACCAAUUUAAGAAGAUGGAAAGCACGAUCCCGUGCCCCCCCCCCUCGGGCAUAACAUUGAUAGCUGUAUAAGACCACCCUUUGUUGGUUCAGAUGUUUGUUUAAAGACCUGGUAUAUACUAUCCUUUUUCAUUCGCUCUUUCUUGUCUUUCAUAACCAAUCUACUGAGGCCCCACGGCGGAUAAUUAAAGCAAAUCGUUCUCUGAUCACUCAAUCGAGUGAUCGGCGAUGGACGGUGUUGCAAUUUUCAGAUAUGAGCGGUGAGUUUAAAAGCGCUGAUAGAAGCUAUCAACGAGUAAAGGAGAUCCCACAGCAAAAGUCCUGGCCCCAGUUGUUCAGACGUUGGAUUGCACUAUCCACUGGAUAAAUCAGCACUAUCUACCUUUUGAUCAACUGGGGCCGAGGCUAGAGUUUUGCCUGUGUGCUCAGGGUUGGGUAAUAGACCGCUAAACCCGGGACAAGGGGCGCACAUCCCUAUUUACACUAAAAAAGUCUUGAAUACAGGUUGAAUAGGGUACAAUUUCACACUUUGAUGUCUUGGAUAGGGCGUUUUUCUAGUCCAGAAACCUCAAACAGGGGGUGAACGUUGGCGCUGCUCGGUCUCCAUGCGUUAAUUUCUUUAAAACAACCUAAUAGCGGAGCUCGAAGCGCGCGCCUGGGCGGAGCCCCAUAGCUAAGGUAAUCUACCCAUCCCAGAAAAUUUGGUAAUCACGUGACCGACCGAACGACCGACCGUCCGUCCGCACCACAGGCAUACCAAUGUUUACUCUCACACUUUCUAGCUACUUUGGGAGCCCAGGAGGAAGCUAGCUGAUUGCACAUCAAUGUUGUCAUCAAUUGACAGCUGUCAAAACAGGGUAUCCGCUGACCAGUAUCACCUGACCGUAUCGCGGGCUCAGGUGUCGACCCAUCAAGGUCGAGUAUUUUUUGAAGUUAUCCGCUGACAAUUUAUUCGUUUUCAAAUGAUUGCGGGCUCUCGUUUACUUUUUUUAAAAUUCAAAUCAAAUAUGUUGUGUUUAUGUCAGUAUCGCCCCUCACUAUUACGAUUUUGAUUUCAAACUGACCUCAGACGCAAAAAUUCAGCCAGGCGGGAAGACCUUUUCUUACCAUGGUCAAGUGUUGGUCACGCUCCUCGUCCAAUUUUUAUGCUCUGAUUGGUUAAAAUUUGACAGGUGAAUUCAUGCGUAAAAUUUAUGCAUCUUGAAAGUUGUUUACUUUGACAGCUGAAGCUGACAGAGUUUUGAGUCAACUUAUGAUGCUUUUAACUGUCUUUUUCCACUGGAUGUACAGAAUGAAAUACAGCUGCUAUCAAGUGUGUUUAUUGGGUUUUUCGUUGAGAAAUGCGUUGCUUGUCAAAGCCGAUAAUCCGAUUUCGGAUGGCAUCGUUUUUGUUUUUCACCUUGCUGGAUGCGUGCGAGAAUUAUAAAAGGCUCAAGCGAUCUUUGCCUUACUUGACAGCUUUCAGGAGCUGCAUCUCGAAAUAUGGUAAGCCUGAGCAAUUGUUGCAUUUAUAUCUAAUUUCAUGAAGUCCAGCGGCGCAGUUUAUGAAGCUAGUUUAUGCACGUUUGUAUUAAGAUUUGACUGAGACACUGAUCUGACCAAGUAUGAGGUUUGAUAUAAGCUUAAGCUUACGGAACUUUAAAAAGCCUUCAGUCGAUAUUAAUUCACCGUAAAUAGAAAGAAAACACUUUCCGAAGAAUAUUUAGUUAUAAUUUUGGCUGUAGAAAGACAGCUUUGAGCGAUUUUCUUGUCCUGAGUUCAUCUUUGAAAACAGCAAACAGGCCCGGGAAACCGGCGGCUUAACACAAAAACUUAAUCUUUAAGCUUACUAGUAAAGACUUGAGGAUUCUUAGAGACAAUUAAAUACUCAUUUGUUUUCGUGAAUGAAAAUUGUUUUCUCUGUAAAUCUUCUACCGAAUUAUAUUUCUUUAUUGAUUGUUGGUAGUCUCAAAAGUGUAAUUUUCAUCGAUUUGCCGUUUGUUUUCAGCCGUUCAUAAACAUCGCUUGCAGGAGUACUAAAAAUCCCGAGCGUAUCAAACGCUUUUUAAGGUUACACAUCGUUAUAAAACCAUGAAUAAAAAAUAGACUCAAUAAAGUCUUUAUCACGUUGAAGCGUAACUCUUUUAAAAUUUCUUCGCAAAUUUGGCGCUUGUCAAAAGUUAGAACCGGCUGGCCGUAUAGGUAAUUUUGGAAAUUUUUUGAACGGUUUCGCUAAUUAAAAGUCCACGCGUGCUUCGAUGGUCCUGAAUAUUGAAUGAAUCCAAUUUGUCUUGAAAAAUUGUGAAAUACUGCAUUUUGUACGAGGUCUGUAUGAUAAAAACAGCGCCUCAUAGUACUCUUUCUCCUCAGAUGUGGUGUAUUAAAAAAAAAUAAAAGAUUGGUUUGCACGCACCCAGAUUUAUUGGCAAGAAUUUGUAAACUUUUCGAUCGCAAAAAAAUCGGCCUGAUUUGUUCUCCACGCCUUAUCUACUGUGAUCAAGAGCCAUUAUUGCUCUUAAAUUUGACCGUACACCUUUUUGGGUGUACAUAUAAGGCUAUAUCAACUCGAUACAAGAUUUGUUUCACUCCAAAAUCACUUCACUUUUGAAUGGGAGCUUCGCUUUUAGCCGUGGCUAAAUCUAUAUAUUACUUUGAUGACAAAUACUUUAUUCAAUGUGCCACAUAAAAUGAAGCAGGGUCAUGAGAAGGUAGGGCUCAAAGACUUCGUCGGCACACCUGUUUAGUUUCCUUUGUUGACUUCCUUAAUUUUUAUUUAUUACCUGCGUCAGAGAGCGAAGGCUAUUUGCUCCAAUCGAUUUUAAUGCAAAACCGUUUUUAACUCCACAACUGGUUUAGACCUUAAGGUGGACACUUUGGAAAAACUGUUACAAAAAAAAUAUUGCUUUAGAGUUUUUUUUUUCUCGUUUCUAGCUGGGGUCGCCAAAGAGUUAAGAAUUAAACUUAGUAUUGGUGAGGCUUCAGAGAUGUAACCUACUUAGCCAUCAACCAAAUGUCCUUUUUUUUUCAUUUAAGGAAAUACGGUGGAAACAAUAAUCUGCCCCGACGCUCCUCUUGGUAAAUGUACAAUGGGUGCCAAUUGCUUGUACAAGCACUGUCCGUUGCCUUAUUGUUGGCAGUUUCGACAGUCAACCACCGACGCCUGGACAAGGCUAAGUCCUGAAGCUAAUGUUGGCAUUGAAAAGUGUUAUUGUGACGUGGAAAAACUGGAGAUGCGACUUGUUCAUUUCACACCGGGGUAAGGUGUUGUCUGUUGAGGAAUACAGUCAUAGUAAACAGUUAGCACAUAACAUGAGUGCAGGCGCGUUAAUUGGAUGUUUUGCUUGCCCCACGUGCACCUUGUCCGUAAAUGUCGAUUUUUCUGAACCGUUUUGACUUAAUUUCACAAGAAACUUAGUUUGCACUUUCUUUUAAAUCAAAGCCAGGGAGAAGUUAAUGCUACAAUAAACUUUGAAAACAUGACUAUGCAGUGCGAAUCUGCCACGGUUUCACUCCGCCGACUGUCCACGCCGUCUUACAUCCAGGCGCCUGGUAAAAGAUUGGCCACGAAGUGGAUUUGGUACUGGAAAGACGAUAAUGGAUGGAAAGAAUACGAUGGAAAAGUAAGUUUUGUCGAACUUUUUUCAAUAUCUAUUGUUGGUAGGAAACUGGCAGCUUAAAUGACAUGAUUGCUAUAUUUAAUGAAGUGUGAAGUAGCAACCUUAUCCCACUUCUUAUCAGCCCUCUUAGUAUUCAGAUCUGGGGGUGCAAGGGGUGAGUAAAAACGUUACUCACUUAACUUGUCAGGUGGGUCACGUGACUUGCAGAAUUGAUCUGAUAACAUUUUUCUUUCCAGCUUAUUUCUCCUUGUCAUGAAGAGGCAGCACCCUUUCUGCUUUAAAAAGCAUGUUUGCUAUCUUUUAAGCUCCAGGAUUAAACUGACAUUAAAUUGACAACAACCAUUUCCUAACAUUUUGGGUUCAUUAUCACGAAUCAAUUGUUAUAUUCUCCAUUGUUUUCGAUAUAAAUUUUGAUUGACAUUUUUCAAGGAAAGGUGAGGGAAAUUAUUAGGAUUUGGACAAAACGCGCGAGAAAUUAUUCCCUAAUUUCACGAGUAUGCCAUUUGAUUACCUAUUAAUAUCAUGGGUGACGAAUUACGUUAGCAAUCGAGGAUUUUUGACUUAUUUAUGCUGGAUCGUAUCGAUCGAUCGUGAACUCCACUCUCUCAAACGUUUAGAGCUGAAAUUUGGCUUAAGUUUUCAGAAUUUUUCGAAAACAUACCUCUAAGAAUCCUUCUUGAUGUGCUGUUUCGUGUGUUCAGGUUUUCUAAAGCGUCUUUUUAUGCCCUGACAUCUUCAUUCAUGACAUUUUAAAACUUCGUCGCCAUCUUGACACUGAGACGUACGGUAGGUUGCCAUGGCAAUUUAGUAAUUUCACAUGUGAAAUUACAAAUUAACGCUGAAAUUUCGCGCCAAAAUUAAGGAGUAAUUCGUCACCUAUGAUAUUAUUAUCAUAACAAGAACAGCUAAACGAUUUAAUUUCACUUGAUGUUUUACACAAGACUUUGGAUAGUCCUGAUCCUUAUUGUUCUUCGUAUUUAUCAAUGUGUUAUUUCGUUUCCCUAAUUUAAAUUUUUUAAAUUUUUGCUUGAAAGUAGGAUAAAGGAGAGAAAACCGCUGGCCCAAGAUUUUAUUUCUGUCCGCCAUUCGUGGAAAGAAUUACACUAGUCUGGACGCAAAAUUCUUUUUAAUAUCAUAACGCAAAUUUUGUGUUGUGCUUUUAGAUCUCACGUGAGAUGGCACAAGAAAACAUAGAGGCUGACUAUCUUAACGAAGAGGGAUUUUACUUCUUUCACAUAAACCGACGUAAAUACAUGAUAACAUUAUAUGACAAGUCGAUGCGUCAAAGGAAUAUGGAUCCCAAUUACCGGACCGAGAGAAGCGUCAGAAGAAGACCAAAGUUUGUUGCUGAGUCAGAGGUUCAUUCCCGUACAAGGUCAGGUUCCGUUGGUUUUUAAUUUCCAUUUUUAAAUCCAUGGGCCGGGAGGGGAUGGAGUUAGUAUGUGCUGCGGAAUUGGCAUGGGCACUAAUUAAACUGCAGUGUAUGGCUAGGUCACGUAGUACAAUAGCUGGAGAGCAAGGAAUCGCUGGGAUAGCACAAACCAGGAAAUUACAUUAUUCAGUAUAGGAAAUUAAGGAUGCACUUGAUUAACGCGAUUUUUGUUUAAAUCGCAUUAAUUUAAUGCAUCUUAAUUUACGUCGAUGUUAAUUUAAAUCACACUAUUCUACAUCGUUGUUGUUUUACAGCACCUUUUCAAUAACGAAACCUCGUCUGCUAAUAGUUCCUCUAUCAACGCCUCAGAGUCACUAUUUGAAGUCUUCCCUCCGAGGCACAAGAAAAUGCCAGGAUCCAAGGGAGCGUUCCCUCUCUAGAUCCAAUUACGGAGAAGUAACAUGAUAACAAUGAGAUAACAAUGACUGGAAAUGCUGCUGUUUUUUCCUUUAGAUAUGUAUGUUGAGAAGUUUGUAAUACAGCAAAUUCGCGUAAAAUAAUUAAUCAAUUAAGCUAGGCGCACACCGUUUUCGAAAAUUUCGCGUUAAUUCAGUAAUGUAUAUGAACCAAACUUUUGGCAAAUUUGCGUUAAUUUUCUGUAACGUAAAUCUUCUUGACGUUGUCAACGUGCAUCGUUAAUUUCGCGUUAUAUGGUAUAUCACUUAAAUUGAGAAUUUCGAUAUACGAUGAUGCCUGAGCUGUAUGUUUCUCUCAUCCCACGAGCCCCUAAGAACGUCUGCGUGGGAGGCUAGCUGAUGUACGGCUGCAAAUGGGUCAUUGAAAAUUGAUGAUUUUUUUUUCAUUUUACCUCCAUAUUUUUACCAAAUUAAAUAGUCCAGAACAUAUUGAUUGUUGGAAGAGUAACAGAUACAGUCAACUUUUUUCUCAACGGAUAUCUCGCUGUGACAUCUAGACUGCCUGCCUUUCUUUACUCCGUUUAGUUCACUCUCAUAUAAAGGCAGACAUCUCGAUGAAACGGGCACCUAGAACUGGUCACUGUCUUUGUUUUCUCGUUUAAGCUGACUACCUAUGAGACGGACACGUCGCCAAAAAGGACACCUAGAGUUGGUCCCUGCCUUUCUUUACUCCUUUUAAUUGCCUCUAAAAAACAGACAUCUCGUUUUCAAAAGAAACGGUUGACUGAAUACACACAGUUUUUAUGGCACCAGUGUUGUAAACUCCCAGUUCGUGUCUUUCGAUGACCUCUAAAACUGACCACCCUAUAAAAGAGUGACGCUUGAUACAAUAAGUCAAACAAAGUAAUAACCUUGCGGUUUUUUUUCUUCCAUUUUGCAGUUUUUUCAGCCUAUUCAACUCAUUUCCCAGAGUCUCUAACAUCUUUCAAGCCAUUAGCAGACGUCUUAUGGGUCAUGACAAUACCUUCAAACGAAUCCCCCUGUCAACAGAUAGUGAGGAAUUCAAAAAGGUGGAAACGCUGUUUCAUAAAACAAUCCUAAAACGCACGGCAAAGAUAACUGUGAUCGAGAAAAUAAAAAAUGCUUUCUUAAAUGAGAGAUACAAAAGGUAUGGUAAAUGUAUGAACAAGACUUAAAUUCUGUAUUCUUAAGGAAAGUGCAAACGGAUGCAACAUUGUUGGCCAACAACUCCAAACAUUGUUGGAUCAAAAAUGCUACAUAUUGCGUCCGUGUGCACACCCUGUUACAUGUUGUUGCGUGUCGUUGGGAGUUGUUGCGCAAAGUUUGAAACACCCGGUGAAACUUUUAGCCUCGUGCAAAGGGACACAAGAUUGUUGGGAGUUGUUGCGUCCGUUAUCACGUACAAUUGUAGCUUUAAGUGUAUUAAAGAAUUGGGUCUUUUACCGUACGGACUAUGAGGUCAAGGUCAAUUCACAUUAUUGAUUCGGUCAAGAGUGAGCUGAAAUAAGAGCCAGCUAUCCUCACUCAUCAUUAUUUAGCAUUAUAAACGCUGAAAGAAAAAUAAAAAGAGAUUUUCUGAAAGAGAAAAACUAAGCAUGACAAUUUUUCUUAAUUUUUCGGUGACACAAAAGUUGAAAUUGAAAAUGGUGGCCCAAUUCUUUUUUUUAUAACAAGUAAACAAGUUUUGAAAGGUUUGAACCCAGGAGUCAUUUCAUAUGUAGGUUGAGUUUGAUCGCCCGGGUGAACGUAGUCCUGAAUAGGAAUGUUGUUGUUGACAGUGACUGACGUUUCCACAACCUGUGCGGUAGUGAUCCUCAGAGUCAAAGUGAGCUGUAUCACGUCAGUUGAUGGUAUUAAACUUUGGUUAUUGACCUGGGAUCAAUUUAAUAAAACUUUUACAAGCUUAGUCUACUAGUUUAGCUAUUGUUUUAGGACCCUAAAACAAUAGUUACACUUGUAAAUUACAACUGUAAAAGUUUUAUUAAAUUGACCCCUGAUUGGUAAAUUAAGUCGCGAUGUUAUUGGUCGUCUGUCAGUUAAGCCGUGAUAUUAUUCGCUAUUAAUGAAGACUCGUAAUGCCAUUGGUGAGUUUCGAUCCGUCUAUUUUCACAGUUAAACAGUCUUUUUCUCGAAGUUAGUUUUGCUUGAUCCCGUUAGUAAGUCGCUUGUACGGUGCUGGUAACUGUUGAUUACUAUUCAGUGGUGUUUGCUCUAAGUUAGCAAACCAGUGAGUCGUUGAUUAGUAGUCUGUAGAAUACGUAAUAAAUGUCGCAGAGUCUGACUUUGCGACAUAUGUGACGAUCAUAUCCAAAUCAUACUUAACCUACUUAUGAAAUUAAAAAGUUGCAAUCCACUUCAACCGCGUGGUCCUUGAAAGCUAUAAAGGCACUUUCUUACCAGUUAAUUUCAGUUUUUCCUUAGCCAAAAAGUUUAUUUUUCAGUCUUUCGGCCUUGAAAGUCUCCCUUGAGUACCAGACGAGGUAUCCACUAGAGAGGAUUUUUUAAAUUUUUUUUUAACUAUCUUUUGGUGUCUGGAUUCGUUUUGCUGCUAGAUGCAGAUACAUGAAUACGAAAUACAAACCGUUUGAACGCGUUUCCAGGAACUUUAAAUCCAGAAUCUUAAAUGUCGGAAUACUUCAACCGAAUAACCGUUCCUGGAUUAACUGAUGUGUGUCUGAAUAUCUAAAAUGCAAUAAAUCCUGAAACAUUUCUGAAUGCGGAAAUUAAAGUCAUGUAAAAUAAUGUAUAUGCGGAGCCCUUAGUCUUCUCCAAACACCCACAGUUUAUUCCGCAAUUUCAUUAAAUCAACUGAAUUUAACUGUAAUGAGUUCAUUCCAUUUACAAAUUGUAUACGGUGGAUGUAUUUUCAGGAAGAGAGAACAAAUCAAGAAUAUACUUAAAGUCUCCGACAACGAUAAUGUGGAGAGGCUUCUUUUCCACGGCACCAGUUCAGAUGUCAUUGACGCCAUCUGCAAGCACAAUUUUGACCACAGGUGUCACGGCAAAAACGGCACAAAAUACGGUAAAGGAAGCUAUUUUGCCGUUAAGGCCUCAUAUAGUAACAACUACUGCAGUGGAAUGACAAGAUUUAUGUUCCUUGCUCGAGUGUUAACCGGAGAGUUUAAGCAAGGAGAUGAAUCACUCCAUCGACCUCCUUUAAAAGACCCUAGCAAUCCCGCUAGUGAUCUAUAUGAUUCAUGCGUUGAUAAUGAAUCAAGCCCAUCAAUUUUUGUCAUUUUUAAUGACGAACAGUGUUAUCCUACCUAUCUGAUAACAUAUGCUAUUAAGAGAAGAGUUUAA